GGCAUUAAAGCUCUCGAUUGGGUGACUGUAACAGCUUUUCAAACUUCAGAUGUCACUCUACAUAAAUCGGAGAAUAUGCUGCAGUUCCCUAGAUAUUCCCCAGAUGGCGUUGGCGUGUGUGUUGCAUAGGAUCCAUGUGGGAUGCAUGGUGUAGUAGUGUGUAUGAAGAACGUAUCAAAAGUUUUUGUAUAAUUUCGAUAUUAGAUUGUUUUUAGAAUGAGUAAGUUUACUGCUCCGUCAUGGGAUGUUGACAGAAAGGCGAAUACUUUGUGCGACAAUUUCUCCAGGGGUCAGAAAGUGCCUCAAAGCAAGAGGAAACACAAGAAAUCAAAUGCCAGUUGUGAUACAGUUGGCAGACAACCUGGCUCUGGUAAACAGCUGACAUUAAAAAAGGCUAGCAGACAAGUACAAUUGAAAAAUAAACAAAAUAACUCUUUGGCUCGGAAAGGUUUUAAAAAGGGAAAGGAAGUUGCAGAAAAUGUAAAUGUUAGACAUUUCCAAAAUCAUAAAGAAAGUAAUAAGAAGUUUGAUAAAAAGCCAUUUGGUAAAAAACAAAAGUUGAAGAAUUUUAAACAUGGUAAGAGUGAUUUUAUCAGAUCUGAAGAAAGUUUCUCUAGCCAAAAGAACCACAAGAAAAGAGAGUUGCAAAUUAGUAAAAACCAGAAAGAGCAAAAGACGAAGAUAAAUGAUUUUAAAUCUUUAAAAAAAAGAUCCAAAGAUAGAAAAAACCAAAAGGGUAAUUUUCAACCCCAGAAUCAUUCUGAUGAUGUUUCAUUUCAUCAACAAAACUCAAAAGUGAAAAAUAGAAAGAGGAAUUCAGAUCAUCUCUCAGACAUUCACAAUAAUGGCCCAUCAGUAAAAAAGAAAAAAUUUGGUAAUGAUGGUUCCAAACAAGAAUUGCACACAUCUUCAGAAAAGCAAGUGAUAAACAAAAAAGAAUUUCUUAACCACAAGAAAUUCAAUAAGCAGGCAAAUAAAGUUGUAAAUAAUACUUCAAAUAAUGAAAAUGGAGAAAUGAAAUCUCCUUUUCAAUUGAAAAACAAAUUUUUUGAUUCAUCACUCUCUCUUCGAGAGAGAAUGCUGAUGCAGUUAAAAUCAUCUCGAUUUCGGUAUAUUAAUGAACAACUGUAUACAUCAGACAGCAAAAAUGCAGAAGAAAUGUUCAAACAGGAUCCUAAUUUGUUUAAAGUUUACCACGAAGGAUUCCAACAACAAGUAGAGCAAUGGCCUGAAAAUCCAGUGGAAAAAAUCAUUAAAGCUAUACAGCGGAAGCCUGCCAAUCUUGUAGUAGCAGACUUUGGCUGUGGUGAUGCCAAAUUAGCCAAGUCUGUUCCUAAUAAAGUCCAUUCAUUUGAUUUAGUGGCCUUAUCAGAUGAAGUCACGGUGUGUGACAUGGCCCAUACACCAUUAGAAUCUGGUUGUGUGGAUAUAUGUGUGUUUUGCUUAUCGCUGAUGGGCACAAAUUUAAACAGUUACUUGCUGGAGGCCAAUCGCAUUCUGAAAGAUGGGGGCACUCUAAAAAUAGCAGAGGUUGCAAGUCGCUUUACAAGCAUAGAAACAUUCGUUAAAGAUAUGGGGAAAUACAAGUUUUCUUUAAUACAGAAGGACCUUUCUAAUGACUUAUUUUACUUUUUGAACUUCAAAAAAGUUUCAGAUGUUAAAAAAGCAGAAAAACUUCCAAAUGUAUCUUUAAGUCCUUGUUGGUAUAAGAAGAGAUAAUGAAGAAAAAUAUAAAAAUAUUGAAUUGUAAUAAUAUGUAAAAUAUUGUUGUUGAUUGACUUUUAUGCAUGUGUGUGUGCGUGUGUUAAUAAUGUUAGCAUGUUGUUUCUGAUGUUAAAGUAUUAUUUAGACCUUUUUGUGCAUAAGCAAACAUACAUACUGUUCUUGUACUUGUGUGUGUUUAAACAUUCUAUUCUUAUUAAUUUUAUCAUAUUGACUAUGAUAAUUGAAUUUAAGAACAUUAUUUACAUUGUUAAUUACAAAAGAAACGUUUUUGUAAUAUGCACAUAAAAACAAAUCUAGCAUCGCAAUGUGCUGCAAGACAUGCAAAAAUGUAAUAAAACUAUCCCAAGAUUUAAAAUUUUGUAAUUAUCUUUUUUUUCAUUUGAAGGCAAAGUAGAAAACAACUACUCAUUUUAAGGCAAAUUUAAUUCUCUACAACUUCUAUGAUGUAAUUGCUAUGAAAGUAAUGGUUGAGGUGCUACAUAUAGUAAAGAUUGUUAAAAAACAUUAGCCAAUAAAGCUUGUUUUGAAAAUUUUUAUUUUUGUCAGCAGAUAUUCCAAAAGAUAUUGGAAAUAAAAAAAGAAAGGAUACAAUAAAUUCAGGGAAUUAUAUCUACGUACAUCUGAAUUUCAUUACGUCUCAUGAGAUGCCUGAAUACCACAUCGAUAAGACACAGAAAGGAAGGGGUGUUGUUGCCCAAGCCAAAUGGUGUGUAGUUGGAUUAGUACUGGCAUCGGCACAAUGAAUGCUCUGAACUUGUUGGAUGCUUCAGCCACUGGUACAUGAAAAAAGGGGCGCUGAAAUGAAGGGAGGUUGUUGCACAAGCCGACGGUGUGUAGUUGAAUUCGUACUGGCCAUGGCACAACAAAUGCUGUGAACGUCUUUGAUGCUUCAGUCACUGAUACAUGAAGAAAGGGGCAAAGAAGGGAAGGGAGGUUGUACAUGAAAAAAAUCGCUCUUCAGGCCUAGCACUGACAAUACCUGAUCGUUCACCAGGACGUCGAUUUUGUUAUCAAUGAGGGGCGUGAGGAAUUUGCCUCUUUUCUGCUAACCGCUCUAUAACCGACAGAUUAUAGGCGAUCCAUCCUUCACAAUUAUCACGGGGCUGGCGUAAUUGCUCCUGCUGGGCCUCACAAUGCUCUUCUCGGAUUUGAUUGACCAGACCGUCUCUUUAGGCGGCGAGACUGAAUGUUCACCGGAAUCUCAUCGCGCAGAGCAAUCAGGGUCGCUGGUCUUCAUAUCUGCCCCUGGAAGAAUAACUAUCCUCUAGAGAAGCCACCUCGCGCAGGUAAGGGCGAGCGCCCAGCAGCUCGUCUUCCAGGCAACUCCGCGAAACCGGCUGGGGGACCGACCAAUUCUUCCCCAAUUGUCUCCUGUAUACAAGCCUAAGGCGCUAGACUCGUUCCCGACUCAUCACACCACCCCUCUUAGGAAAGCAUCACCCAAAAUGAAGUCUGGGUCAUCACUUCUGAUGGCGCCACUAACACUUCUAAUUCUGUCUUCAAAACCGCAAAGUCCUGGUUGUAGCAAACCCCUUGAAGAUUUUCAGUCCCCUGGAAGGGCCGGUUGCCCAUUUUGGCAAAUCUCUGCCUUUAAGAGGUUUACAUCCCUACCUGAGUCUAGGAGGGUACGACAUUGUACUCCUUCGACCGUGGUUGAAAUGCAUCGGACAUGUGCACUUCUGGCGCACCCCAUAGUUACUAAUGUAGUUGGUCGGGUUGCGCUGUGGGUGCAUUGGGUGACAAUAUGCCAAACUUCUCACUCUUGAAACACUUAGAGCCCUUAUCGCUGUGGCUACAGUCGUUAGACUCAUGACACCCCAUGUAAAACUACUUUUGCCUUCCUUCUACGGACCGGCCGUCUCUCCUGGAUCUCCUUUCUUCAACUUGUAUCCGGUCGUAUACCUCGAAUUUUCCCCUAAGUUCUGUGAUAGAGCGUCAAAAAAAAAAACACUAUUGACCUCGUCUGGCACUCCUUCCACAAUGUACUGGACGAGAACACUCGACCUACCCCUGAUCGACAUGAUUGCUUGUAUGGCAGAGAUGCAUUGCCUGCUCGACGCUGGGUUUUCUCAUCCCCUGGAGCUCGCUGCGAUCUACUGCGCUGUUAACGUUCACCUUCAACUCUUGGCACACCCUAAUCUUCAACUGUUCACGAGGUGAUGCCCGAUCCGCAAAGCAUUCGCUUACCAUUUCUGCAACUCGCUUCAGUGCAGAAGUGCACUGAUGCCCUCGAAUUCUUCUAUCUACUUUGAGAUGGAGAACUCGUCGUGGCCCGAAAAGGGAGUAAGGCAGUUUUCUACGUCCAUUGCAGUGAACAUGUUGGAGAAGUAACAUUUUUCCUCGCACCAUUCUACUCUCAAGACUUCUGCAGUCGAAGCUUUCGGCUUCCUGAUCGGCAAAGCCCUUUCCCGCCCACUACAUCGCUGCUCCAGUCGCCGCUUGCGUCUUUCGUGUCGUAGGGAGGUUUCCUGCUUCCGCCGCCGCCGCCGCCGCGUGUGCGCCCCCUGUCCUGCGGUAGUUCUAGCAUUUUCGUGACGCAAAAUGGUGGUGCGCAGAACGAACAAAAAUUGGUGUACCAGCGGUCCACAUCGAUAUUGCUGCAAUAAUUCGAUUAUUUUAAAUGACAUUAAAUCGAAGAGAUAUAAUAUUGUUUACAAUGAGUAAUUUACGAAUUUCGGGGGGUUGUGUAACCUAAGCACGAUGGCCUUUAAUGCUGCGAGCUUUAAACACAUCGGAACCCUUUCGCAAUAGCUGUGCGAGACUUGAACCAGAUAUCGCCGGACUUUCAAAUGCAGACGAGAAAAAGAAUCAUGAAACUUUAGACAAUUCUACUCACUUGUACGACAAUCUUGAUAUGCACAUAAAUUUAGAUUUGAAUUCAUAAAAAGAUAAUUGUAUAUCAUUUCUCUUCCAUGAAGUUGAAAGUUGUCAUGUCACAGUUGUGUUGACAGCAAAAAUUGCCCGAUUUAAAUAUAGUAUCCACCAGGUCACAAACUGUGACGCGGUGCUGCCACACACCUGGGCAGCCAGCACAUGUGUGGCCACCAGCGCAGUGGAAAAGGAAGUUCGCGAUAUUAUUAAACAUAUAUCUUUCAUAAGGAUGGAAGCCCGUCGGUCCACGUCCUGUCGAAGGGAUGCAGAGAAAUCUCUCAAAUAUUCCUUCAUCCAUUUUUUCACGUUCUUGCUUCUCAUUUUGUGUCACCUAUUAUAUUAUUUUCCUCUGAUUCGUCCUCACUGGCCUGUGUAUUCUGAACGCCCACCCAUUUGUUUGCCGUGCGACCCCGUGUCGAAGGGAAUAGGUGACCUAGGAGUUGAGGGGGAUGUGCAAGCGUUCCCGACUGUCGCGUUGACGCUGGUGCCUUGUGAGUAGACCCGUUCCAGCCAUGUUUGCUGGACGAACCGAGGUGAGCCUCGGCGACCCAAAGCGCGGCAAAUCCACGCCCGAGACGGAUCCCUGUGCAUCACCAUUUCGCUGUGCUAAUUCGGAAGACCAUGCGCUAUUCUAACAGGUGCCCUACCUUUCUGAGGAAGAGGGAGAUUCAAAAGAUCCGAGUGGCGGAGAAAGUGCCCUUUCCUGAGGCGAAUCGCCGAUACCAGGCGAAGAACCUUGAAUAUCUCGGGCGUUCAUUUUCUAGUGCUCUGACAAAGAUUGUAAGAGCAACAAUGAUUUGCCAGACUUCACCUGCUACUUCCUCACUUGCUUACUUCUGUUGACAGGUGUCUCCUGUGGACUUCCCUGUAGAGAUAUCACCUCUGUUAAGUGGUAAUAUAAUAAUUCCCUCCAAAUAAAGAAAAAUUUUAAAAAAGCCCAAGAAAGUUACUCAGCCAAAGUCGAACCAAGAAUCCAUUUCUCAAACUCGCAUGUACUUUUUAUUUCUUGGCACGUGAGGGCUUUCUCUCGAAACAUUUUUCUGUUUUGAGAGAAAGUGGAAUAUAUAAUGUUAUUCGAGAGACCAGGAUAAUGUUUUAUGUUUCUUGGCCCCUUUUCAGUCAGUUCUGUUUUAAAAUCAAUUUUAGGUACUAUUCGUUUAUCUUUUCCUUUUGCCUUAUCUACUUGUACAUUUUAUGCGGAAUUUAAGCUUCCAUUUUUAAUUAUGUAUAAGCUUUUUAAUCAGCGAGUGAGUACCAUUUGCAACACUUUUACUAAAUCUAUUCAAUUAAAAAAAUAUUUUGACAUGGGUGCCAGUGACCUUAGUAAUUGAAGCGCCCUCUAAAACCCUAAUCAAUCACAAUAAAAAAUAUAAUAAAAUAGUAGAACUCAAGUCCAUCUGAUGGCUGAGAUUGCUAAGGCAGUAAUGCCGUAGAGUUCUGAGACCAGAAGAUCAUGGGUUGAAGCCCCACCUUGAGUGUGGGUGUCGUCGUCACACCCUCUCACUGUCAUCAUCAUUUCAUCUUCCAUACCCCCAAGGUUAACAACCCUGGGUAAUAAAAUUUAG